AUGCUGUCCGGGUGCAGGCGGGCGCUGCCGGCAGCCCUGCGCCUCGCGGUGCGGGGCUGGGCAGGGGGCGGCGGCAGGAGGCGGGUCAGCACCAGCUGGUCCCCGGUGGGAGCCGCCUUCGAUGCCAAGCAGCAGCGCAGCCGGCUGACGGGCCAGAGCACGGGUCUAUUUGGUGUUCCAGAAUUGAGUUCUCCAGAAGGAUUUCAAGAAGCACAAGAAAAAGCAUUACAAGAAACAGAACAGCUAGUCCAGAAAGCAUGUACUACACCUCCUGGGCCACAGAUAGUAAUGAUCUUUGAUCAGCUUUCAGAUGCAUUGUGCAGAGUAGCAGACUUGGCCGACUUUGUGAAAAUUGCCCAUCCUGACUUUGCAUUCAGAGAGGCUGCUGAAGAAACCUGCAGAAACAUUGGUACCAUGGUAGAAAAGUUAAAUACAAAUAUCGAGCUGUGCCAAAGUUUGAAACAGUUGCUGGCUAAUAAAGAGGUUAUGGAUUCCCUAGAUCCAGAAACCAGGCAAGUGGCGGAACUUUUUAUGUUCGAUUUCGAGAUCAGUGGUAUUCAUUUGGAUGAAGAAAAGCGUAAAAGAGCAGUGGACCUCAACGUCAAAAUAUUGGAUUUAUGUAAUCAAUUUCUUAUUGGAGCUCACCUGCCCAACAAGAUUGACAAGCAAAUUUUACCAGAACACAUUCGCUAUAACUUUGCAGUUGAAGGCAAUUACAUACAAAUCACCGGUCUGCAUGCAGACUGUUCUGAUGAUCUGGUACGAGAAGCUGCUUAUAAGAUUUUUCUUUACCCAAAUGCUGAGCAACUGCGCUGCUUAGAGGAACUGCUUACCAGCAGAAACCAUCUGGCACAGUUAGUUGGCUAUAACACCUUUGCUCACAGGGCUCUUCAGGGAACAAUGGCCAGAACUCCAGAGAAGGUAAUGCAAUUUCUUGAAACACUUUCUGACCGAUUGUUUCAACGAACUCUAAAAGAUUUUGAAAUGAUGGAAGGAAUGAAGAUGAAACUUAAUCCCCAAAAUUCAAAAUUGAUGCCUUGGGAUCAUCCCUAUUACAGUGGUGUCCUGCGUGCUGAGAGGUAUAACAUUGAGCCCAGUUUGUACUGUCCAUUUUUCUCUCUUGGAGCAUGUAUGGAAGGUCUGAACUUCUUGUUCAAUCAGCUCCUAGGAAUCUCUCUCUAUGCAGAGCAAACUGAGAAAGGAGAGCUCUGGUGUGAAGAUGUUCGCAAACUGGCAGUCGUCCAUGAAAAUGAGGGUUUGCUGGGGUACAUCUAUUGUGACUUCUACCAACGAGCAGACAAACCACAUCAGGACUGUCACUUUACAAUUCGUGGAGGCAGGUUAAGGGAAGAUGGAGAAUACCAGCUCCCUGUUGUUGUUCUUAUGCUGAGUCUGCCCCAUUCAACUAGGAGUUCACCCACAUUACUAACCCCUGGCAUGAUGGAGAAUCUGUUCCAUGAAAUGGGACAUGCUAUGCAUUCCAUGCUGGGACGAACUCGGUACCAACAUGUCACUGGGACCAGAUGUCCUACUGAUUUUGCUGAAGUUCCCUCUAUCCUCAUGGAGUAUUUUGCAAGUGACUAUCGAGUGGUUAAUCAGUUUGCAAGGCAUUUUCAGACUGGCCAGUCACUGCCAAAAAGCAUGGUGUCACGGCUCUGUGAAUCUAAAAAGAUUUGUGCUGCAGCUGAUAUGCAACUUCAGGUCUUUUAUGCUGUCUUGGACCAACUCUACCAUGGGGAACAUCCUCUAAAGAGGUCAACCACAGAAAUUUUAAAGGAAACCCAGGAGAAAUUUUAUGGAUUACCAUACGUACCAAACACUGCAUGGCAGCUGAGAUUCAGCCAUCUAGUGGGAUACGGUGCCAAGUACUACUCCUACCUCAUGUCCAGGGCCAUUGCCUCCAUGGUAUGGAAACAGUGUUUUGUGCAGAACCCAUUUGACAGGGCAAUGGGUGAGCGUUAUCGCAGAGAGAUGCUGGCACAUGGCGGUGGAAAAGAGCCCAUGCUCAUGGUUCAAGGUAUGCUUCAGAAGUCUCCUUCUGUUGAAGACUUUGUGGACGCCCUUGUUUCAGACUUGGAUCAGGACUUUGAAACGUUCUUCAUGGACUCAGAAUAACAUGGAACUGAACUGAUUGUUUUUUGUUUCACAGCUGUUCAUUGAGAAGUAGAAACAAAUAGCCACGGCAGUACUAUGUCCAUCAUUGUUAAGACUGGUCCUCUAUAAAAACAAAGUUAUUAUUUGUAGAAUCUUAAAAUAAAUAGU